AUGUCCCAGUUCUCUGCUGGCACAAAGACACCUCCGCCUUCAACCUCUCCUCCAUCAGAUUCACCUUACAAGCAAGGGCAUCGCAGAGUGAAUUCUGGCACAGAACCUUUCCCAGACCAUCGAGUCAGUGCCGAUAUUUCUCGGCCAAACACACCGCCUUCGCGACCGGACUAUGGCACACCUUUAAACGGCGGCUCCCCAAUUGAACCAUCCACCCGCCGACGACGCAGUUCAUCCGCUGCAUCUUCACGACCCCCGUCUAUGGUCCUGGCUCACCAACCGCCCAUCAUGGAUAUCACCGAGGAUACAAUCCCCGAACUCCAGCCUAUCUAUUCUUUUCUCAAUAGCCACUCCAACAAGCUGUACCAGGAGGGCUAUUUCCUCAAGCUCGACGACCAGAAUACACAGGGUAAACCCAACCCUGAUAGAACCUGGUGUGAAUGUUUCGCCCAACUUGUCGGUACUGUCUUGUCACUGUGGGAUGCCUCAGAGCUCGAUGCUGCCGGCGAGGAUGGCGAAGUUUUACCAAAGUUCGUCAACUUGACUGAUGCAUCGAUAAAGAUGAUCGAAUCCUUGCCCACAAGGUCUGCCGAUGAACAGCCCCUGCAGAAUAUCUUGAGUAUCUCCACAGCUGGAAGAAACCGAUAUCUUCUUCACUUCAAUUCUCGACACUCCCUGUUGCAGUGGACCGCUGGUAUCCGACUGGCCAUCUUUGAGCACUCCUCGCUGCAAGAGGCCUACACCGGCGCUCUUAUUGCCGGCAAGGGCAAGUCGCUCAACAACAUUGGUGUGAUCAUGGAGAGGGCAAGAUUCCCCACUGAAGAAUGGGUUAGAGUCCGAUUCGGUGCUGGUGUACCUUGGAGACGAUGCUGGUGUGUUAUCACCCCUCCCGAUGAGAAGCAGUAUGCAAAGCUUCAAAAGGAACUCAAGAAGAGGUCUCCUUAUGAUCGAUCACCUGUUCCUACCCUCAAGGGAGACAUCAAAUUCUACGACGAGAGGAAGGAUGGCAAGAAGCAGAAGAAAGCGCAACCAAUCGCCACCAUCACCGACGCCUAUUCGGCCUAUGCAAUCUAUCCUCAGGCAAAGUCUUUGAUUGAGGCGUCAACCCUGCUUAAGAUUGAGGGUAACAUUUCUAUCCACACUGAUCCUCCUUCCUCCACCGAAGGUUUCGUGUUCAUUAUGCCAGAAACUCGCCCUGCUGUCACCGGAUUCGAGAUGCUACUACGUUUCCUCUUCCCCACAUGGGAUACCUUUGGUCUUUAUGGUCGCCCCGGAAGACUGGUUGCCAGUACACUCGAUUCCAGAUCCCUCAUGUUCGCCAUGCCAAAGAGCCGGCGUUAUGGUUACCUCGAGAAUCUCGACGUCUCCAACUUGAUCCUCGAGGACGGUAGCUCGAACUGGGGUGAGCGAGAUUGGAGAAAGAAGUUGAAGGAAUCUACUGGCACUCGUAUGAAUGCUGUGGAUGAUGCGCCUGCAACACGCUCUCGAAGCAACAGUCGAAAGAGCGUUAGGUUGAGCUUUGGAGAUGGUCCUCCCACCCUCAAGACCAAUUCGGACCAGCAAGUUCCCACCAGGUCUUCACGAUCUUUCUCCCUUGGCGAGCGUGCUCGAACGGAUUCUGCUCCUGCAGACCCUGCUCGGGUUGCUCUCGGAAACCAUGGCCGCAACUCGUCUGACCCCAAUCAACUCGGAGGUCCUCCCUUCGUCAAUGACAACAGCCCUUACUCGGCCUCGCCACAGCGUGGGCCGACUCCUGUCGGUAACCAGGCCUCGCGAGACCAGAGCCCUGCUUACCAAAACGAACGUGGGCCCAAUGGCUCGCCACCUCUGAAAGACCUGGACGGAAUGCGACAGAUGCACACUCCUGAGCCUGUUUCGCGCCCUCCUGCUUUCAGCCAUGGCUCUCAAGGCAGACCCGUCAGCAGAGCUUAUCACUCACCUGAGCUCAGACGAGCUAACAGUAGGCUUUCCGUUACUACCCUAGCCCAACUUUCCUCAGCUGGAGGAAUGGGUGGACCGAAUGAUUCGAGACCUUCUCCCGGGGAAGAUGAGGUGGACGCUGCAAGAUCUGGACCAUCGGUACUACCACCACACGCCAACUCCGUAGGGAUAUCUGCUAACGACAACCGCUCGCGUGAAGUUUUAAGCUCAACAAAUCAGGAUCCCUCUUCCAACAGUCUCCCUCUCCCAGCCAACUCAUCUCAGCAACGCUCUCGAUCACCACUGGGCCAGCCCCCGCUUGGGCCACCUAGCCCCUAUGGCCACGGGCCAAACUCGCGUCCUGGGACUUCUGAAGGUCGACGAUCCCCGAUGCCUCCGGGUAUGCCCCCUCAGCAACGUCCUCACCCUCAAAAUGGCAAUCGUCGCCCCGACAUGGGGUCAGAUGGUCGGCGUCCUUCGGAUCCUCGACGACCCGGCCCUGACGGAAGAAGACCUUCCGACCCUCGAGGCCCUGGUUUUGAUGGUCGUCGACCUCCCGAUCAGCGAGGUCGUGGAAAUGGUCCGCCUCCUGGUCCUCACGGCAACUACCGGCCUGGCCCAGGUCGUCCUCCUGGACCCCCUGGACCCCCUGGCUCAUACGGACCGCCAGGAUCUCGCCCAAACGGACCUCCUAGCGGGCCUCCUAAUGGUCCCCAAGGACAAAUGGCUCACCGCAAGCCUGUACCUGGACAGAUGCCUGGACCCCCGCCACCCGGGCCCGCACAAUUCGAAAAUACCAAGGGCAACACUAUGUCUGGCAGCAGCGCCAUUACUACGAAUGAGAUCAUCGAUCACUAUGCCUUUGAUCAAGGCCGACAGACGCCUCGCCAAGGAACCCCAAACUCUGAAAGGCGGCCAGCGCCGCCUGGCAGACUGGAGAGCAAUCAAAGCAGUCACUACGAUGACGACUCUCCUGCAACCAGCCUCAGGAAUUUUAUGGACGCAUACGAAUACCAAGAACCCAAGCCUCGUGCUGGAGUGUUGAAAACCGUUGGCGGCGCCGAGGAGUCGGGGAAAGAAUUUGAUAUCCCAGAUAUCAACUUUGGCCCAACCAUUAACUAUGGUGCUACUAAGAGUAGGCCCCAUACGCCUGGAGGUCAUGGACCAAGCCCUCCUGCUCACAAAUCUUCAGCUUCACAGGGAUCCCUUGGCCAGAAAGAGUCCCCAGAAUCGAAGCGUACGAUGGCCUGGUCACCAGGUGCAACAGCUCCUCCAGCCAGUGCUCACGGACUGAGUGCCGAGGAGUUCGUGCAGCAGAGGGCGUCUCAUGCCCGAACCCCAUCUAGCAACAGCAUGGGCGGCAACCUUACGGGUAGUCCUGGGGGAAUGAAGCGAAAUAGCUCCUCCGACAUGCUACAAGCCAUUCAGAGCGGCCGCCACUCUCGAAAUAACUCGGCUGAUCUGCUUCAGCGACCUGGAUCGCGAGGCGCAAAUUCAACCUUGAACUUUGCAAGCUCUGGAGAGACUUCAAGCCAUCUCAGUGCACGAGAGCAGGAACACGUUGCCCGAUUGACUGGCCAACCUUUGAUUAGUAUGCCUGGACACCAAAGACAAGGAUCUCAGGGGUUCUCGCUUGGCCACCAGAGACAGGCUUCCUCAGGUUCAGGCCUAGUUGGUGCUAUUGAAGCCCGGGAACGGGAGAAGCAGCAGAUGAAGCAAGGGAUGAAUAGCCAAGCGGUCCAACAAGCGAUCAGCCAGCGACAACAACAGCAGGCAGCUAUGGCGUACCAGCAGCAAAUGGCCCAGCAACAAAUGGCUCAGCAGCAAAUGAUACAACAGCAACUUGCUCAGCAACAACAAAUGGCGUACCAACAGCAGGCCCAGCAGCAAAACUACCAACAAGCUUACCAGCAGCCAACGAUGAGUGUUGGUAACAUGCCCGCAUACAGCCCUAUGGGUCAAGCUCCAGGCCAGUACACGCCAGGCGGCUCCCAAUACGGACCAGCAUCUCAGCAGAUGGGAGGAUAUGGGCAGCCGAAUAGUUUCUCACGACCGAUGCGAGCUGCGCAACAGGUCGAUCCUCGUUUCGUGCCGCCUCAAGGUCAAUACAACUCAUCAUCGCUUGGAGCUCAACAGGCUUCUCGCAAUGUCCAUUCACAGUACCAAGGACAAGCGUUCUAG